CGUCAACCUCAAAGACGCAACGACCCAUGAUUCCGUUUCCUUCGAUUUCGCAGUUCCGACACCUUGUCGCCGCGGUCACUGAGCGCAUCCAGUAUGUCGGCCGCGAUCCUGGAGCCGACCGCGCGAUCUUUGACACGACGCGACCGCUGCCGACGCUGACGUUUACCGGCACGAUCAAGCUGCAUGGCUCGAACACUGCUGUCGUCUUUCAAGGCGAUCGCCCGAUGCAGUUUCAGUCGCGGUCCCGGGACCUCUCGGUCACGUCAGACUACGCGGGCUUUGCAGCGGCCAUGACGUCGCACGCCACCGAGCUGCGUCAACUCCACGCCGCCAUUUGCCGCGUCACCAACUGUGCGUGCGAUGCCUCAAUUGCGAUCUAUGGCGAGUGGUGCGGCGGCAGCAUCCAGGGCGGCGUCGCUCUCGCGCAACUCCCAAAGAUGUUUGUCUACUUUGCUAUCAACGUCGACGGGCGCUGGCUGGACAUGCACUUGCUCCAUGAUGUCGACUACCCCGACGCUCGAAUCUAUCACAUCAUGCGCUUUGGCACCUACUCGAUCGAGAUUCCGCUUGACGCGCCAGAUGCGGCGCAGGCACAGCUGGAGGCAUGGACCGCCGACGUCGAAGCCGAGUGCCCCGCGGCCAAGGCCCUUGGCGUCUCGGGCACAGGCGAAGGCAUCGUGUGGGCGUGCACGUCGCCCGGCUACGCGCUCAACUCUCGGUUUUGGUUCAAGACAAAGGGCGACAAGCACGCGCUCACGUCGUCGUCGAGCGGAGGUCGCCAGCGGACGCCAGCGACGUCGCUUGCACCGGACGUCGUUGCCAGUGUCGAGGCGUUUGUGCGGGACUACGUCUCGGACAAUCGCCUGCGCCAGGGGGUCAAUGUCUUGGCCGAGCGCGGUCUCGAGGUUACCAUCAAGCAAACCGGCGCCUUUGUGCAGUGGGUCACACACGAUAUCGAAACCGAAGAAGCCGACACGCUCGAAGCGAAUGCGUCGACGCUUUGUCGUCCAAUUGUCAAGAAGGCGAUUGCGACGGCGGCGCGGGCGUGGUAUCUCGCACAGUUGCAGACCUAACUCCUUUCAACAAUCAAUCUAUAAUAGAGUAUGUACUAGCUAUUCGCGCCGACAUCGGCAUCGAUUUUGGCUUUAGUUACGAG